AGCAACUGCAAGCAGUUUUUUCCUCUUUCGCGGAGCUGUAGCAGCAUGCGUUGGCGUGAGUGUCGGAGGCGAACAGAGUUGUGCGGGCUCAGCGUGAGGUGCGCUAGCCCAGUUGCAGUGGUGGCCUUUUGUGCCGGGCUCUUGGUCUCUAACCCGGUGCCCGCGCUGAGCCAGGAGGCCAAGGCCGGGGGGCAGCCGGGGGCAGACUGCGAAGUAUGUAAAGAAUUCUUGAACCGAUUCUACAACUCCUUAAUAGACAGAGGAAUUAACUUUUCACUGGACAUCAUAGAGAAAGAAUUGAUCAGCUUUUGUUUGGAUGCCAAAGGAAAAGAAAACCGCCUGUGCUAUUAUCUAGGAGCCACAAAAGAUGCAGCCACGAAAAUCCUAAGUGAGGUCACACGCCCCAUGAGUGUGCAUAUGCCUGCCGUGAAGAUCUGUGACAAGCUGAAGAAGAUGGACAGCCAGAUCUGUGAGCUGAAAUAUGAGAAGAACUUGGACUUGGCAGCAGUCGACCUGUGGAAGAUGAGAGUGGCAGAGCUGAAGCAGAUCCUCAGUCGCUGGGGGGAAGAGUGCAGAGCCUGCGCGGAGAAAACCGACUACGUUGAUCUGAUCAGAGAACUGGCCCCCAAGCACGCAGCCACGCACCCCAAAACAGAACUCUGACCUGGAACCCGGCACACCGAAAAAUGUCCAGGAAACGGACAUGUUCAGUGACAACAACCAGGAACUGCGCAGCAUUUGGUCUCAUGCUUUUUUAUGCCAAUAUUAUACCUCAGAAUUGUGUUACUUUAUGUGUUUAUGAGUAAAACUACUAAUAGUACUGAUGCCUUACAUUGGCAGCACUCCAAACCCUACAAGUACGUUUCUCCUGCUUUUCUUGGAAGGCCUAUGCAGGUUACCAUUGCCUGUCUCCUAAAACUGGGAAAAAUGAACUGUUGAAAAUUGAUGAAGUCAGUUGGUUCCAAGAGGGAAGAGGAUGCACAAAGGUGACUCUCUGCUCGCGAUUUUUAUUUCAUUUUAUUUUAUUUUAAGACAGAGUCUCAAGCUGUGGCCCUGGGUAGAGUGCUGUAGCGUCACAGCUCACAGCAACCUCAAAAAUUCUUGGGCUUAAGUGAUUCUCUUGCCUCAGCCUCCCAAGUAGCUACAGGCACCCACCACAACGCCUGGCUAUUUUUUUGAUGAUGUUGUCAUUGUUGUAGCAGGCCCCAGCUGGGUUCGAACCCACCAACCUAGGUGUAUAUGACUGGUGCCCUAACCACUGAGCUAUGGGCGUCUAGCCUGCUCGCGAUUUUUAAACAUGUUUGACUAGGACAAAAGAAAUCGAUUCCCUCAUCUAAUGUACGAUUUUAACCUCCAAUAAUUACCUAACAUAAUCAAAACAUUUCUUUAAAAAGUAAAGUUUUUCUUUUCAUCCGCAAAUCAUUCUACAUUUUAGCUCUCUUUGGGAUCAGAAAUGGCUAGGCAGGACUAUAGGAAAUACUAUUCCCAUUUGAAGGAAACCUACUUAAAGAGAAUAGAUCCAGAGUCCACCUAAGUAUGCCCAAUGUUUUGGCAGAUUGUAGCCACACUUGUAUUGCUAAUUAAACCAAGGUCAAGAUCUUUUUUUCAUUCUGUCGGGUCACAUAUUAAACUUUUGAGAAAGCAUUAAAACCUAUUAAGAGCACGUGCAGACAACAUGAUUUUUUAUGGUUCUUAAUGCUAUUUUAUCAGCUGUAAAACUGUAAAAUCUGGCCAGACAUGGUGGCUCAUGCCUAUAAUCUCCUAGCACUCUGGUAGGCGGAGGCAGGUGGAGCACUUUAGCUCAGGAGUUUGAGACUAGCCUGAGCAAAGGGACCCUGAGUCUUCUAAAACUAGAAGUAGCGGGACAUAGCAUGCCUGUAGUCCCAGCUACUCAGGGAAGCUGAGACAAGAGGAUCGCUGAGCCCAGGAGUUUGAGGUUGCUGUGAACUAUAACGCCACGGCACUCUACCCAGGGUGACAGAGUGAGAUUAAAAAUACAAUAAAAAUUAAAACAUAAAUAAAAAUAAAAUUGUAAAGUCAUUUUUGGUUCUAUUCUGUGGCCAUAUAGGGUAUGAAACCCAAGUUAGAAGUGGUUGCCUCUACAUGGUAGAUGGUGGGGAGAAAUGACUGUAAAACAUUUCCUUGGAACUUUCUGGAGUGAUUGAAAUGUCCUACAGCUUGAUUGGGGUUGUGGUUACAUGGGCAAAGGUGAUGGUUAAACUCAUCUGGUAGUACAGUUCAGAUCUGAGCAUUUUAUUGUAUAUAAAUUUUCUGAAAAAACUGCUGUUGAAAAAUUAUGAAAAUUAACUAAAAGUAAUUGAUUCAAAAUACCGUGUUCAUUCGAAGAAUUACAUUUUCUGCCUGGAGUCCUUUUGGGAGUGGAAGAGAGAUUUUCUAGACUGAACAUAUACCCUGACGGUAUCGUUUUCACUCGGAUUUUCAGCUGGACAGUUGAGAUGUAACCGAAAUUGUCAGAGAAUUCAUGAAUCCUAAGGAGAAAUGUCUAUAUUUAUAUGUAACUGAAAAAUGAGAAUAAAAAAUGUUUGGUGUGAUGAAUGGCCAAAAUUGAUUAUGUUUCUGGAUUUUAGCAGCUUGAUUGUGGUGUGUAAAACACCUACUUUAUUUUGAAUUAUAUUUUUUAAAAGUCCAAAGUUACUUUCUAAAAAACUCCUAACUUUUGUAUUUGUUUUACUCUUUGCAUUUUGAACCUAUCAAG